AUGUCGCAGCAAGCGUUCCGCCAACGCCAAACAGCUUACAUCAAAGACCUGGAACGGCGUUUGGAGAGAGCUGGCCAAUCUGAGAAUGAGCAGAUUGCGAAGUUGGAGGCAGAGAACCAACGCCUCCGCAAGCAGCUCACUUCCUUUAUCAACAAGCUCGCCAGCGCACAGGCUUCCUUGCAGCAUCUCUCCCGCUUGAUGCAGAGCACGCUUGACGAAUCGGGUAACUUGACCGACGAAGCCCAAGCAAGCGAUGCAACCAUCCAAGAUUCCCUGUCUCCAGAAUGCGGAGAGCCUCAACCCAGUGCAACGAAUGCUCUCAAUGUAGAGGCUGGCGAACAACCUCCAGAUCUUUGGCAGGAGAUUGACACCGCGCUAGUCCCUGUGUCGUCUAACUCUAACGAUGAUCAACCUGAAUGGAUGAACAUGCUGAAUCUUGCAGGCGACAGUGAAGCAGUGCCUGAAGCUCACACAGAGCAUGCAAACAUUCCCGAGCAGACAGCCCUCAGCUUGCCCAGUCAAAUGCCCGGCAUAUGGUCUUACAACUACCAGAUGGGUCCACCGGCAUAUUCUUACGCCAUGGCCUGCAGUCCUUUGGUGGAAACGAGCAUGAAGGCAUCCAACUCGAUGUGUUCUGACCACAUCACCGCUAUACGGGCAUGCAUCUGGAACAAAUGGAAAGACAUUGACCCUCCGCUAUCACCUGAGAAGCAUCUGCACAAACUCGAUCAAUUCACCUCCAUCAUGUUCUCGAUGUGGAACGGCCUGACUCGCCCCGAUGCCAUGCCGUGGUACACGCCGACAAGAUGGUACAAACACCUCUCGGAGCUCGUCACAUGGCAGCUUAAUCCUACUCGGGAGAUGUACGCUCGCCUGCAUCCCAAGUACCGACCAUCGGCCCUGCAGAUUACCGAAUCGUACCCCACAUUUAUCGACUGGUGCCCCUUCCAGGCUCUGCGCGACAAACUGAUCAUCAUGCACGCCGCCAACCCGCGUCUGGACGAAAUCAUCCUCGACAUCGCCAGUAUGUACUGCGUCGAAGUGGACCUGUCCAAACUCGUCCGCACAUACAAACAGCCUACCCACGGCUACGUGCACGUUUGGGAAAUCACACAAGUCAUGGGAGAUGAGAUCAACAACAGAAAAUCUCGUCCGGACUCUUUGCAGCGGGACGAGAAAAGGCUUCCAGCUCCAGACACUACCUCGCUUUUCCAGUCGGCUUCGUAUAUGCGCCAGACGUUCCAGAUGUUGCGCAUGGACGAUGGUGCUUCCGUGUACAAACUGGACCCUGCUAUUUUCGAAAGGCAUCCGGAACUUUAUUCCGCGGAUGUUGCCGAUCUUGUGGCUACGGGCACGCGGCUCGAGUACUAUUCUCCAUCGUUGCUCCCGCGGAUACCUCCUCCAAUUAAAUUGGACAAGACUACUUUGAGGAUCUAUCGACACUUUGCAGACUGGGCGCUGGAUGUCAUUUGUACAUAA